AUGAAAAACUUAAUAAUUCUUUGCCUUUUAGGCUAUUUAUCGAUAGCUUUUGCCGAUAAAGAAACUUUAGUUCUAGUAGAUAACUUGAAUAUCCGAGAAACACACUCAUUGUUCUUCAAAUCUUUGCAAGAGCGCGGUUACACCUUGACUUUCAAGUUAGCUGAUGACGCUAACCUAGUUUUAUCAAAGUAUGGAGAAUAUUUGUAUAAAAAUUUGAUCGUUUUUGCGCCAUCUGUGGUCGAGUUUGGUGGUCAGCUCGAUACUGAAGCCAUAACCAGGUUCAUCGACGAUGGUGGAAAUGUUUUGAUGGCUGGAAGCUCAGCCGCUGGCGAUGUGUACAGAGAGAUUGCUUCGGAAUGCGGUUUCGAGAUGGAUGAAGAAUCAGCAGCCGUCAUUGACCAUUUCAACUACGAUAGUCUAGAUGAAGGUGAUCACACAAGGAUAGUAGUGUCACCAAAGAACCUGAUUGAUGCCCCCACUAUUGUGGGAACACAUAAUACUCAGCCCUUGUUGUUUGAUGGUACUGGCUUGAUUCUGGACAAAGACAACAGCUUGGUAUUGCCCAUACUUACAGCUGAUAGUACAGCUUAUAGUUACAAUCCUAAGAAUCAGGUGAAAGAGUACCCUCAUGCUGUCGGUCGUAAAACAGUUCUGAUAGCAGCACUUCAAGCAAGGAACAAUGCUCGUAUUGUUUUCAGUGGAUCCCUAUUCUUCUUUUCUGAUGAAGCAUUCAAUUCUCCAGUAUCUAAAGUCCAUGGUGACAAAAUCAAAGCAGCUCUGUCCGGGAACAAACAGUUAUCGAUACAUCUCAGUCAGUGGGUGUUUGGUGAACGAGGACAGCUGCGAGUACAAAGUGUACACCACCAAAGACAAGGAGAUAAACAGUCCUCUAACACUUACACAAUCACUGAUACUGUGGUGUACAGAAUUGAAAUCGAAGAACUCAAGAAUGGAAAAUGGCAGCCAUUUGAAGCCAAUGACGUUCAGCUAGAGUUUGUCCGAAUUGAUCCCUUCAUCCGUACAACCCUUCAGAAGAAGCCUAAUGGCAUCUAUGAGGCCAUCUUCAAAGUUCCCGAUGUAUGGGGUGUUUAUCAGUUCAAAGUUGAUUACGACAGAGUCGGAUAUACUAGACUAUAUCACUCAACACAGGUAUCUGUGCGUCCAUUGCAGCACACACAAUAUGAGAGAUUCAUACCCAGUGCUUACCCUUACUAUGUGAGUGCGUUCUCUAUGAUGAUUGGAGUAUUUCUCUUCUCAUUCGUCUUCCUCUACUACAAGGAAGACUCUCCGAAGAGCAAAGCUGAAUAA